CUCCUGCGCGCGCACAGUCGGCGGCCGCGCGCAGCACGCUCGGGCCCGGAUGGCGGCGGUGGCGCCAGGAAACGGGGCUCCUCGGGAGGAGGAGGGCGCCGGUGGGGACGCAGCGGCUCCGCAGCCCCAAGCCCCCACGAGUGCGCCCGGGGCUCGUCUCUCGAGGCUGCCUCUGGCGCGAGUGAAGGCCUUGGUGAAGGCAGACCCCGACGUGACGCUCGCGGGACAGGAAGCCAUCUUCAUUCUGGCACGAGCCGCGGAACUGUUUGUGGAAACCAUUGCAAAAGAUGCCUACUGUUGUGCUCAGCAAGGAAAGAGGAAAACCCUUCAGAGGAGAGAUUUGGAUAAUGCAAUAGAAGCUGUGGAUGAAUUUGCUUUUCUGGAAGGUACUUUGGAUUGAUUGCUGAGCUGGGCAGUUUUGUGAGCCUGUACCUGCAUCCUUCAGCUAGGCCCUCUGCAGGCCUCAGCUUUGAAGAAGAGUCUUUGGAAUAUGAAACUUACACACUUUUCCAAUUCUACCUUCACCUAAGCCUGAAUAAGCAGAGAUCUCACCUGUUAGCUUUUCUCUGCAAGGUCUUCUACUACUUGUGUCUUCCGUUUCUGGCCUGGAUGCAGCUGCUGCUGCUUGCGGUAGAGAUAUAGAAAAUGAUUUGUGUAGGUUGCUGAAUAAAUAAUAAGGACCAAAUAAAAGUUUUUGAUCAACUUCAA